ACAUCAUCGUCCUGGAAUAAUUUGGCGCAUGCGCACUUUUCCUUCUCUCUCCGAAAGACCUUGGUAAGUCCCAUGUGUGGCGGUGUAUCUGUUGUAAUCCUAGCGAAGCCGGCCGUUCCCUAACUAUCUGGUGUACUGCCUAACCCUGCAGAAGAUGGCUAACAGGUUAAAGUACCGUAGAAGGCUCUCCUACAACACCAAGUCCAACAAAGUCCGUGUGUCUAAGACGCCUGGUGGUAAGCUUGUCUACCUACAUAUACACAAGCUGGGUACCGUUCCUAAGUGUGGGGAUACUGGAGUCAAGUUGAGAGGGCUUCCUGCUGUGCGUCCAUUUCAACUGAAGAAGCUCUCUCGACCCAAGAAGACAGUCUCGAGGGCAUAUGGAGGAGUCAUCAGCCACAAGGCACUCAGACAGAGGAUAAUUAGAGCCUUCCUCAUUGAGGAACAGAAGAUUGUCAUCAGAGCACUAAAGGCACAGCAACAAGCCAAGUAG